AGAGUGCGCCUGCGCACUGCCCUCCGUCGCUGAGUGAGCCGCAGUCUCUGGAGCCCCGAGGUGCUUCGGUCUCCCGCGGCCCAGCCUCGCCCGCAAACCCGGUGUUGUUGGGCUGCAUCCCGAGCGGGGACAUUGGCGGAGCACGGCCCGCGGCCACCAUGCCGAUCAAUAAAUCUGAGAAGCCAGAAAGCUGCGAUAAUGUGAAGGUGGUUGUUAGGUGCCGGCCCCUCAAUGAGAGAGAGAAAUCAAUGUGCUAUAGACAGGCCGUCAGCGUGGACGAGAUGAGGGGAACUAUCACCGUCCAUAAGACCGAUUCUUCCAACGAACCUCCAAAGACAUUUACUUUUGAUACUGUUUUUGGACCAGAAAGUAAACAACUUGAUGUAUAUAACUUAACUGCAAGACCUAUUAUUGAUUCCGUUCUGGAAGGCUACAAUGGGACAAUUUUUGCAUAUGGACAGACUGGCACAGGCAAGACUUUCACCAUGGAAGGUGUCCGCGCUGUGCCGGGGCUCAGAGGAGUCAUCCCCAACUCAUUUGCUCACAUAUUUGGUCACAUCGCAAAAGCAGAGGGUGACACAAGGUUUUUGGUUCGAGUGUCAUACUUGGAGAUAUAUAAUGAAGAAGUCCGAGACCUUUUGGGCAAGGAUCAGACACAGCGGUUGGAGGUUAAAGAAAGGCCUGAUGUGGGAGUAUAUAUCAAAGAUUUAUCAGCUUAUGUGGUCAAUAAUGCUGACGAUAUGGAUAGAAUCAUGACGCUAGGCCACAAAAAUCGUUCUGUUGGUGCAACUAACAUGAAUGAGCAUAGUUCGAGAUCCCACGCCAUCUUUACAAUUACUAUAGAAUGUAGCGAGAAAGGUGUUGAUGGAAACAUGCAUGUCAGGAUGGGGAAGCUCCACCUGGUGGAUCUUGCUGGGUCAGAAAGACAAGCGAAAACUGGAGCCACAGGACAGCGCCUCAAGGAAGCUACAAAAAUCAACCUUUCCCUCUCUACCCUGGGCAAUGUCAUUUCUGCCUUGGUGGAUGGAAAAAGCACACAUGUGCCGUAUCGGAACUCUAAACUGACGCGUCUGCUGCAGGAUUCCUUAGGAGGGAACUCAAAAACCAUGAUGUGUGCAAAUAUUGGGCCAGCAGAUUAUAAUUACGAUGAGACCAUCAGCACCUUGCGCUAUGCCAACCGAGCCAAGAACAUUAAAAACAAAGCAAGAAUUAAUGAAGACCCAAAGGAUGCUCUGCUUCGUCAGUUUCAGAAAGAAAUAGAAGAGCUGAAGAAAAAGCUUGAAGAAGGGGAAGAAGUCUCAGGCUCUGACGUCAGUGGUUCAGAGGAGGAUGACAACGAGGAGGGUGAGCUUGGAGAAGAUGGAGAAAAAAGGAAGAAGAGAAGGGGCAGUAGCAGCAGCAGUAGCUCAGACUCCACAUGUUCUGUCAUAGAGAAGCCUCUGGAUGAGUUCUUGCCUCAUCAAGCAGGUAAAAAGAAAGUUUCCCCAGAUAAGAUGGUGGAAAUGCAAGCGAAAAUUGAUGAGGAGAGAAAAGCAUUGGAAACAAAACUUGACAUGGAAGAAGAAGAAAGAAACAAGGCUAGAGCUGAACUGGAGAGACGGGAGAAGGACCUUCUGAAAGCCCAACAAGAGCAUCAGUCUUUGCUGGAAAAGCUGUCUGCUUUGGAGAAGAAAGUCAUUGUAGGUGGUGUGGACUUAUUGGCCAAAGCUGAGGAGCAAGAGAAGCUUCUUGAGGAGUCCAAUAUGGAGCUGGAGGAGAGGAGGAAGAGAGCUGAGCAACUUCGGAAAGAACUCGAGGAAAAAGAGCAAGAACGCUUGGACAUUGAGGAAAAAUACACCAGUCUACAAGAGGAGGCACAGGGAAAGACGAAGAAAUUAAAGAAAGUCUGGACCAUGCUGAUGGCUGCAAAGUCUGAGAUGGCUGAUCUUCAGCAAGAGCAUCAGAGGGAAAUUGAAGGCCUCCUGGAGAACAUUCGGCAGCUCAGCCGUGAGCUUCGGCUUCAGAUGCUUAUUAUUGAUAACUUCAUACCUCAGGACUACCAGGAAAUGAUUGAAAACUAUGUCCAUUGGAAUGAAGACAUAGGAGAAUGGCAGCUAAAAUGUGUGGCCUACACAGGAAACAACAUGAGGAAACAAACUCCAGUGCCUGACAAGAAGGAGAGAGACCCUUUUGAAGUAGACCUUUCCCAUGUGUAUCUUGCCUAUACAGAGGAGAGUCUGCGUCAGUCUUUGAUGAAGUUAGAAAGGCCACGGACCUCCAAGGGGAAAGCAAGGCCAAAGACUGGGAGAAGAAAGCGUUCUGCAAAGCCCGAGACCGUAAUUGAUUCAUUACUUCAAUAAAUGUUACAGAAUUAAGGUUAUAAUAAAAAAGAGUGAUAUUCUCAUGCCUGGACAGAAAUCCUUAAUUAAGACACUGAGGACACCUGUGUAAUUCACAUAAUGUAAGCUGUAAAUUAUAGAGUGAGACUGGAAAUAGCAACUUUCCUACUAACUUUUAGAUUCUUAAGUUUCUGUAUCAUGUAAGUGCACAUAGCUCAUGAUUGUUGAGGAUGCCACACCGUGCCGCAGUGCUCUGUGGAAGUAAGGACACAGUUCUUACAGAGUGCUGUGGUUGUAUUCGAAUGUGCAUCUCUUAGCCGUGUACUCAACUGUUGCGUAUCUAGAUAAGCAGAAUCUCAGAGGAGAAGAAACUUGCCUGUCUUGUUUGCACACUGCGCAUGGCAGAUCGCCUUGUCCUGUGUUCUGUGUCAACUCCUGGGUGGCUCAUCUGAGCAGUCACUUGUCCUAACACCCAACAGGCCUGUCUAACUGCAUUCCGACUUUAUACUAACGUUUGUUACAUUUAGGUAUGAGAUGACUGAGUUUACGGAUCUCCUAUAGAAAACUGUGUAAUUGGACAGCUUUGUAGGUUGACAUUUUCAAGGUACAGUUUGAACAUGUGCUCCAGCGUCUGGCCACCCUCCACCAGUUUCUGUUCCCUGAGUCCACAUUCAGCCUUUGUUGUUGCUGCUGCUGGCUUGGCUUCCCCACCACAGCCAGCGGUGGCCAUUUGGCUUUGCUCUACACAGUUUUAAAAAUUCCUUUGAACAUGUGGCUUACAGACAGAGACUCCAUUGUCUGAAUUUAAGUUUUGAUGGAAAUAACUAUAUACAAAUUGAAAUGAUUCUCAUUUUUUUCAGAAAAUGAAGCUAAGCCAGAAAAUACCUUUUAAUUUUCUUUAUAGCAUUUAUCUAUAUAUAUAAUGCCGUUCUCAGAAUUUCUUCUAUGGCUAAUCCAGUUAGUCCAUAUUCCUCUCCAAAAAAAGUUAUAUUCAAUAUGUAGUAAAAUGAGUUAUAAUACAAUUUUUUUUACAAUAAAUGUUUUUAUUUUUUGUGUGUCUACUUAUAAAAUUGUUUUGAAAGUUAUGUGCUUCUGAAGCCUAUCAUGCUUUCUAAGUUCAAAAUUGUGCAAUCAACUCCAAGCUCUUGAUUGCAAAGGUUUUGAGACUUCCCAAGUUAGGAUUCCUUAGGCUCCUGUGAUUUGAACAAGCAGGGUAAAUACUGACUUAUCAUUCCGGAGGGGGUGUAUGUAGGCUGUGGCUGGCUGAGUCAGGGUGGAGCCCUGGUGAGGGAUGGAAACUGUGGUCAUACAUUUGUGGAGCCUUCCAGAAGGACCGCUCAGUGUCCUGUAUGUGCAGCAUGUGCUGAUACGACCAUGGCACUGUGGUGGUGUCCUCAAGGUAAUGGAUGUGGCCUGGGUGCUGUGACGCACUGAGCAGAGUGUGUGUCUUGUAAAGGCUCAUGUGAGCCAAGCGUCUUGGUGGUGUCAUAUUUCUCCUGGUGUAAACUUAACUGUUAGUAGUUACAGAAUCUUAGUUUUACCAGUAAGGAAAAAGAAUCUACAUGCCUUCGUGUCCAUGUUUCUAUCAUUUAACAGUUUGGUUGGUCUGGAAGGAAUAUCUGCUGUGAAUUAAACUAAAACAUUAGAGACAUUGAAUCUAGUGUGUUAAAGCCUGUAACAGUAACAAAAGAACUCCAUAAAAAUGGAAAAUACUGAGAAAAUUCUCUAAGCAUCUUGCCCUAGUAAUUUUGUUCGCUUGCUUGCUUGUUGUUUUGAGACUGGAUCUCUCUGUGUUAGCCCAGGCUGGCCUGGGACUCAUGAUCCCUCCGCCUCAGCCUCCCAAGUGCUGAGAUUGCAGGUGACGUCAUCAUGCCAGCAAUCUUUAUUAAAGCAUGUGUGCUAAAACUCUAGUCAGGUGGACAUUGUUCAUUUUCUGAAAACCAAAUUAGAUUCUUGCCAGGUUGGGAGGUCUGUGUGGAGAUGGUAGGACACCCACUUCUGCUUCUCAUUUACUGUGUCUUUGUCCUCAAAAGGAAUCAUUUGUAUUUUCAGUGUUAAUUUCAUGAAUGGAUAGAGAUGGAGAACAAACUUGCUUAAUGUUUAAAAUAAAUGUACAGCUUUUAAAUGAGUGGGACAGAUCUAUAAAUAGGAUAUUGACAAGUAUCCUUUUUUUUCUUAAUUUAAAAAGUAAUAUUUAUUUAUUUGAAAGGAACCCUAAUAGGAAGCUAUGCUGGCUCUGCACUUACAUGCUCUACCAGCCAGGCUCUCUCCACUCAGUGUCUGCUCUUGUGAUGUUCAGGCUUAGCCGAGGGGAAGGCUGUGCAGCCAGUGUUUACCUGACAGUGAGCCCUCCCACAGGCUGUCUCAUUUAUGUUCUGGAAAAGGUGAUCUUCUAGUUUAUGUUUUUGGCAGCCAGAACAUCAAGGUUAUUUUGGAGGGGAAAGUGUUGCUUUAUCUGCAACAUGUUUUUAAAGUUAUGAUUAUAGUUUUAGUAUUUCUAUUUUCAUUUUAGGUUUAGGAUGUAUCCCAUCUCCCUGCCCCCUUUUAAGUUGUAAGGCAAGAAACACCCUCUUUCCUAUAGAGCUGUGAAUUAAGGAAUGGGCGAAGUUUACAUUUACACACACCUGUGUCUGCCCAGUUUCUCCCCCCUUCCCCCUCUAUUUUGAGAUAAGAGUCCUAUGUAGCCUAGGCUGGCCACAAACCCUGUAUGUAGCUCAGGUUGGCCUUAAACUCCUGAUCCUCCUCUACCUCCUCCUCAUGAUUGCUGGGAUUACACUUGUGCACCACUACACCCAGCCCCUCUCCCCCGUUUCUUAAUAUAUAUAAUUGUUUUCUUUUUUUAAACUACUAGAAAACAUAGUUCUUCCUAGUGCCUUUGAGCUGACCCUGCAGUUUUGACUAAUUAGAAUCAGUGGAAAUCUGAGCAGCAGUACUGUAAUGCUGUUACCAACCAGGAUACAGACUGUAUAGUAAGUUUGUUGUGUUAAUUCAGAAGCCACACUCACGUUGUAUUUUAUGUAUAAAUUGUAUUUGUUCAAGCUGUAUAUAUCAAUGUUGUGUGUACAUGCAGCAUGGUAAGAUGAAAAAUAAAAUUCCUCCCCAAUGCC